CUACUGUUUCGCUGAAUGUUGGUGGGAAUUAGAGAUGGAAGAUUUUUCUUGGGCACCUUCCACUGCAUGUACAAGCAAGGAAACAUCAUUCUCCAAGAUGCUGUGGAGUACCGUAGCACCCGACGCUCCUCUACUUCUCCAAUGGAACAGCGGUGCCUUGGUCUUAUUCUCAUUCCUUCCUCCUGUCGUUCGUCUUGUCAUGUGGGUUGUUCUAUUGAAGAGCAAUUGUCUCUGCUAAAAUUAUAGAAAUCAAAAACAUUAUGAAUUUCAGAACUUUUCUGCUUGAAUCAAUCUGAUAAAAAAUGUGACAUUCUUCUUGUUUAUGAU